AGCAUUUGGUAGGUCAGGAUGAGCGCUGAAGAGCUCAAGGCCAAGGGAAACGCAGCUUUCUCGGCAAAGAACUACACGGAAGCUGUAGAUUUCUUCACUCAGGCGAUCAACUUGGAUCCAAACAACCACGUUCUUUUCUCCAACAGAUCUGCGUCUUACGCGGGUCUUCAUAAAUAUGAUCAAGCUUUGAAUGAUGCGGAGAAAUGUAUCGCUAUCAAGCCCGAUUGGGGCAAGGGUUAUGGUCGCAAGGGAGCUGCCAUGCACGGCAUGGGCGACUUCGAAGGAGCCCUCAAGGCGUACAAGGAUGGCUUGGCGCAUGAGCCUGGGCUGGCGAUGUUGACCAACGGGAUCAGCGAGGUGGAGGCGGCGAUGAGAGCUGAACAGAGCAGCGGGAUCAAGGGGAUUGGAAACCUCCUCCGCCGCCCUGAUCUGGUGGAGAUCAUUGCUAGGAGCCCACAGCUGGCACCAUUCCUCGCUCAGCCUGACUUCCCAGGGAUCGUUCAAGAGCUGCAGACCGAUUCGAAUGCACUGAUGAAGCAUCUCAACGAUCAGAGAGUUCAGUUGCUUCUGCAGGAGCUGCUGAGAAUGCAGAACCCCGACGUUUUCCGUCAUGCGGAGGAGGAAGAAAUCAAGCGGAGGAAAGCAAAGGUCAUCAUGGAGCGAAAUUGUCAUGCGAGCUCAUCGUGGAUGUUUGCUUUGCAGGAAGAGGCCGAGGAAGCUGAACGAAAGAGGCAACUUGAGGAGAAGAAGCGGAAGGAAGCCGAAGAGGCGGCUCGGAAAGCUGCGAUGACUGAGAACGAUUUCAAAGACAAUCCUAAGGGCUUGUCAGAAUGGUGCAAGGAGAAGGGAAAUACCUUCUACAAGAACAAACAGUUUGAUGAGGCCAUCACAUGGUACACCAAGGCGUAUGAAGCUGACAAUGAGAACAUCGCUGUCCUCACAAACCGAGCUGCGGUCCGGUUUGAGCAGAAGAUGUACGAAGAAUGCAUCGAAGAUUGCCGCAAAGCCAUCGAGGAAGGAAGAAAGUGCCGAGCUGAUUUCAAGAUCAUCUCUCGUGCUUACGAGCGUCUGGGAAAUGCUUUUGUGAAGUUGGACAGGUUGCAAGAAGCAAGCAAAGCAUACAGCGAUGCAUUGGUCGAGAACAGAACUCGUGAGGUCGAGAAGAAGUUGAAGGAUGUUCAGAAGCAGAUUGCAGAUUCCGAGAAGAAUGCUUACAUCAACCCUGAAAUCUCACUCCAGGAGAAAGAGAAGGGGAAUGCGCUGGUGAAGGAGAGCAAGUUCGUUGAGGCCAAGGCGGCAUACGAUGAGGCGAUCCGGAGAAACCCGAAGGACCACACGCUUUACAGCAAUCGCGCGUUGUGCUUCAUGAAGCUGAUGGAGUGGCCAGCGGCCAAGGCCGACUGUGACAAGAGUCUUGAGAUCGAGCCGAACUUCGUGAGGGCGCUGGAGAGACGCGGCAACUGCUACAUGAUGUUGAAGGAGCCAACCAAGGCCAUGGCAGACUUCAGGAAGGGUCUCGAGCUGGACCCCAACAACCAGGGAUGUCAGAUUGGCCUGGCACGUGUGGAGUCGUCGAUGUUCUCAGGCAAGCGCGAUGAGCAGACGGUGGCCAACGCAAUGAAGGACCCAGAGAUCCAACGAAUUCUUCAAGACCCAGUCAUCAACAACGUCCUGCGAAAUUUGCAAGAGAACCCCUCAGCGGCUCAGGAUGCGCUGAAAGAUCCAGUUAUUGCCGAGAGGAUUCAGAAGCUUGCAGCAGCGGGAAUCUUGUCGUUCGGCUAAGCAUGCUUGCUCAUCCUAGCCUCCUAUCUGUGGCGCUUUAUUGUUGUGUUGGAUGUUCAGCAAUAAAUUUUCACCUCUCU